CGCAAAUUCCAAAGACAAUCAAAAUCAUCGUCAAUCAAGCAAAAGUAGAAGAAAGAAACAAGACUACGAGUCGAUCACUUGGCGGCGAAGUUGUAUCGACUUCGAAUCUCGGAAAUCAUUGCACUUGGUGAUGUAUCUUUAUAAUCUGACGCUGCAGAAGGCUUCUUGUAUCACGCAUGCGGUGCAUGGAAACUUCUCAGGAGCCAAAUAUCAAGAGAUUGCUGUUGGACGCGGCAAAGUUCUAGAGCUCUUACGUCCCGAUCCGAACUCUGGGAAAGUUCAGCCCGUUCUGUCUGUAGAAAUAUUUGGAGUCAUUCGUUCUCUUUUACCGUUUCGUUUAACUGGAGGAACGAAAGAUUAUCUUAUUGUUGGAUCUGAUUCUGGUCGAAUAGUCAUCUUGGAAUACAACCCAGCAAAGAAUGUAUUUGACAAAGUUCAUCAGGAAACGUUUGGGAAGAGUGGAUGUCGACGAAUUGUUCCUGGCCAGUACCUAGCUAUAGAUCCUAAAGGAAGAGCUGUUAUGAUUGGAGCACUGGAGAAGCAGAAAUUUGUGUAUAUUUUGAAUCGUGAUUCUGCGGCACGGUUAACUAUAUCUUCACCACUGGAAGCUCACAAGUCACACACAAUUGUGUAUUCAAUGGUGGGCGUUGAUGUUGGGUUUGAGAAUCCAAUGUUUGCAUGUCUAGAAUUGGACUAUGAGGAUGCUGACACUGAUACUACGGGAGAGGCAGCUCAAGCAGCUCAACAGACACUUACAUUUUAUGAAUUAGAUCUUGGAUUGAAUCAUGUUGUCAGAAAGUACAGUGAACCAUUAGAAGAUCAUGGCAAUUUGUUGAUUCCUGUUCCUGGAGGUGGUGAAGGACCUAGUGGUGUGCUGAUUUGCUCUGAAAAUUACAUAACAUACAAGAAUUUUGGAGAACAGGAAGACAUACGGUGUCCUAUACCACGGCGAAGGAAUGAUUUGGAUGAUGCAGAACGAGGCAUGUUGUUUGUUUGUAGUGCCACACACAAGACCAAGACUAUGUUUUUUAUUUUGGCGCAGACAGAGCAAGGUGAUAUCUUCAAGAUUACGCUGGAGACAUCAAAGGAAGAGGAUUUGGUAUCAGAGAUUCGGCUAAAGUACUUUGAUACUGUUCCUGUUGCAUCAGCUAUGUGUGUUCUUAGAACUGGCUUUCUCUUUGUUGCGUCUGAGUUUGGCAAUCAUGCAUUUUAUCAGAUUGCUCAUCUUGGUGAUGAUGAUGAUGAAGUGGAGUUCUCUAGUGCAAUGGCUUUGGAGGAAGGAGAAACAUUUCACUUUGCUCCACGUGGUUUGAAGAACUUGAUGCUAGUAGAUGAAAUAGAAAACCUAUCUCCAGUCAUGUCAUGCCAGAUUGCUGACUUGACUAAUGAAGACACUCCUCAGUUGUAUGUUGCUUGUGGUCGUGGUCCUAGAUCAUCACUGAGAGUGUUGAGACAUGGAUUAGAGGUGUCAGAGAUGGCUGUUUCUGAACUACCAGGUCAUCCUAAUGCUGUGUGGACAGUGAAACAAACUGCUCAUGAUGAUUAUGAUUCUUACAUUGUUGUGUCCUUUGUGAAUGCCACCUUGGUGCUUUCUAUUGGUGAGACAGUAGAAGAGGUGACAGACACUGGCUUUUUGGGAACAGCACCCACACUUUCGUGCUCACAACUAGGAGAUGAUGCUUUGGUUCAAGUGUAUCCUGGUGGUAUUAGACACAUUCGAUCUGAUCGACGAGUUAACGAGUGGAAAGCUCCUGGGAGAAAGUCAAUAGUGAAAUGUGCUGUCAAUGAAAGGCAGGUUGUCAUUGCUAUGAGUGGAGGUGAACUUGUCUACUUUGAAAUGGAUAUGGCAGGUCAGUUGAAUGAGUACACUGAGCGGAAAGAAAUGUCAGCAGAUGUUGUUUGUAUGGCUUUGGGAAGAGUUCCCGGUGGAGAGCAGAGAUGUCGCUUUGUAGCAGUGGGUCUGUCUGAUAACACAGUCAGGAUUAUAUCACUUGAUCCUGCGGAUUGUCUGCAACCUUUAAGCAUGCAGGCUUUACCGGCACCACCAGAGUCUCUUUGCUUAUUGGAGAUGGGUGGAAGUGGCGGAGACGCGGCAUCAGCUGACCUAAUUGCAAGUGUUGGAGGUCUUUUUCUUAACAUUGGAUUACAGAAUGGUGUGUUACUACGAACGGUUCUUGAUUCUGUAACUGGUGACUUGUCAGACACACGAGCUCGAUACCUGGGAUCACGACCAGUUAAGCUCUUUCAAGUCAAAAUGCAAGGGACAGCUGCGAUGUUGGCAUUGUCAAGUCGUUCUUGGUUAAGUUACACAUAUCAGUCUCGUUUCCACUUAACUCCCUUGUCAUAUGAUGCUCUUGAGUUUGCUUCAAGUUUCUCCUCUGAGCAGUGUCCAGAAGGAAUUGUAGCUAUUUCAACAAAUACUCUUCGCAUUUUGGGUCUUGAGAAACUGGGUGCUGUCUUCAACCAAGUUGCUAUGCCUCUACAGUACACACCAAGGAAGUUUGUAAUACAUCCAACCAAUAAAAGUCUUGUAAUCAUAGAGACAGAUCACAAUGCACUUACAGAGAAGACAAAAGUGGAGCAAAAACGACAGAUUGCAGAGCGAAUGGUUUCUGCUGCUCCUGAGCAUGUAAGGGAACAGGUUGCACAGGCUGCUGAACAAUUCUUGUCAGAAGACUUACCAGAAGUUGUCUUUUCUGCUCCUAAACCAGGAUUGAGUAUGUGGGCAUCUGCAGUUCGAGUUGUUGAUCCUGCACAAGGCACAACAAUGAGCCAAGUGUUUUUAGAACAAAACGUGGCAGCAUAUAGUGUUGCUGUUUGCCAGUUUUCGGGUCGUGGUGGUACGUCAUGGCAUGUACUUGUAGGCACAGCUAAAGAUGUUCAACUUCAACCAAGACGUUGUGCUGGAGGAGAAGUUAUGACUUACAAGAUGGACAAUGAUUCAAAGCGACUGAAUUUGCUGCACACGACACCUGUUGAAGACAUUCCAUCAGCAAUUCAUGGGUUUCAAGGUCGUGUCUUGAUUGGUGUUGGGAAACUUCUCAGACUUUAUGAUAUGGGGAGAAAGAAGCUACUGCGAAAAUGUGAGAACAAGCAUAUUCCCAAUUUUAUUGUAUCCAUACAAGCCAUGGGCUAUAGGAUUGUGGUCGGAGAUGUACAAGAGUCAUUUCAUUAUGUCAAGUAUCGACCUGUAGAAAACCAACUUGUUAUAUUUGCAGAUGACACAAACCCAAGGUGGGUAACUUCUUGUUGUCUAGCUGACUACAGUACUGUUGUUGGAUCAGACAAGUUUGGCAAUGUGGCUGUGAUGCGUCUACAUGAAGAUGUGAAUGAUGACGUGGAUGAAGAUCCAACAGGAACAAAGUCACUAUGGGACAGAGGUCUUUUGAGUGGAGCAUCACAGAAAGUUGAUAUUGUUUGCAACUACCAUGUAGGAGAAACCAUAGUGUCACUGCAAAAGACAACGCUUGUUCCAGGUGGCUCAGAGUGCAUUGUUUACACAACAAUGUCAGGAGGAGUAGGAAUCCUUGUACCGUUCACAUCAAGAGAGGGCUUGGCACAGGGCUGUUUGGAUUAG